GGUACUGUGUAUAUCACUCGAAAACAAUGGGAGAACGUAUACCAUCCAGAAAAAAAUAAAAAAAAAGGAACUGAUCCACCUGCCACGACGUGGAGCCACCUGUUAUUACGCUUUUCUUGCGGUGAUUACAACCGGUGAUGAGUCUCUUCAGAAUUUGUCGUUUAAUUCAAGAUGUGAGAAAAAACUAUUGUAAAUAUUAUAUAAAUGUGUAUACAAAAAGAAAUUUUAAAAAUAUAAUAAAUGAGAAAUUUUCAAAAGUAUAUAAUUCAAAUAUAUAUACAAAUCAAUAUAAAUAUUACUCAUUUAUGAAGCAACGAAAAUGGACUGUUUCUCUUGCAUUUGGAAUAUCAUUAUUAGCAGCAUUACAAUAUAGAUAUUUGAAAAACUAUAUAACUCAAGACAAUAAUGUAUAUGAGCCAUUCAAUAUCCUUGCGAUAAAAUGUUAUAAUUUUUUGCCACUUCGAAUAAUAAGUAGAAUAUGGGGUUGGAUAGCCAGUUUGGAAUUACCAGUUAGUUUAAGACCAACCUUAUAUGAAUUUUAUGCAAAAACUUUUGAUGUUAAUUUAAAUGAAAUUGACAUAAAUUUAUCAGAUUUUCCAAGUCUUGUUGAUUUUUUUGUUAGACCACUCAAAUAUGAUGCAAGACCCAUUGAUCAAAAUACAAGUAUAGUUUCACCUGCUGAUGGAAAAGUAUUAUAUUGUGGACCAGUCACUUCAUGUUCUGUACAACAAGUGAAGGGUGUAACUUAUAAUCUCAGACAUUUUUUAGGUGAUAUAAAUACACUUGAUUCUGAUCAUUAUAAAUUUACAAAAGAAGAUGAUGAUGCUUAUAUAAAAUCCCUUUUAACAAACCCAAUGAAUCAACUCUAUCAAUUAACAAUUUAUCUUGCUCCAGGAGAUUAUCAUAGAUUUCAUAGUUCAACUCAUUGGGAAAUAAAAUUUCGUAGACAUUUUCAAGGAAAGCUUUUAAGUGUUAAUCCUAAAGUAGCAAAAUAUUUACCAGAUUUAUUUUCAUUAAACGAACGUGUAAUAUAUAUUGGUAAAUGGGCUGAUGGUUUUAUGGCUUAUAGUGCAGUUGGUGCAACAAAUGUAGGUUCUAUAAAAGUUUACUGCGAUAAAGAUUUAUAUACAAAUGCUAUUAAAUGGCCUGAAAUCAAACACUGGAAAGAUGCUAAUUUAAAUUGUAUAUAUUUAAAAAAAGGAGAAUUGUUUGGUGAAUUUAGAAUGGGAUCUACUAUUAUAUUAUUAUUUGAAGCUUCAAGAGAUUUUAAAUUUUGUGUACAUGUUGGACAAACAAUAAAAAUGGGUCAAGCUUUAAGUGAAUACAUUCCUGAAAUUGAAAUAAAACAAUAUGAACAUUCAUUAUGACAAUUAAUAAUGCGCGUAGCGCUUGAUUGGAAAUAUGUUUGGAGAAUAGGUACUUAAAAUUUAUUCAUUGAUAUUGUGUGAAUCUUUAUUUUUUGUGAUAUUAUUUUAAAUAAACUAUAGAGCAAAUAUGAUUAUAAAUGGAAAUAUAAUAAAUAUUUUAAAUAUUAAACAUUUUGUAAAAAAUUAAAAUUUUACAAAAUUUUAUUCAAUAAAUUCAUAAAUAAAAUGCAUCUAUAUAUAAAUUCAUAAAUAAAAUACAACUAUAAUAGAAAUUAUUAAUAAUUCAUAUUACUUAAUAUUUGAAAAAAUUGAAUUAUUUUUGUUACUUAUUAUCAAAUAUUUAAUAAAAUACUUUGUAUUUUUAAAAUAUUAAUAUAUUUAUCUUAUAAAUUACCAUAUUAAAUUGAUUAUAUUUACUUAGUAUAGUUAUUUAUAUGUUUAUAUUUCAAUUUUGUAAUUUUUGAAAAUUUUUGUUUUGAGUAAAAAUAUGUAGUAUUAUAAAUAUAAUAAAAUAUCAUAAUAUUAUAUUAUAAAAAUAUUUGUCAUAUAAAUAUUUUUUUAAAUAUUUUUCAUAUUUUAUAAAAAAUAAUUUCAAAUUUGUAAAUUUAAAGAAUAAAUGUGAUUAAAAAUA